GUGCCAGGCCCAGCAGACUGGAAAGAUAAAUUUGACGACUGUGGUCAUUCACACCAAUCCCCAAUUGACAUCGUUAAAAGUGAGACCGUGAAGGAGAGUUACAGUCCUCUGAAAAUCACUUUCGACAACGCAAGGGGGCUGGUGACUGGAAAGCUUGAAAAUACUGGACAUUCACCAAAACUUACAAUUGCUGAUUCCAAUGGAGCUUCACUAACUGGGGGUCCCCUAGGAGAUAAAACUUUCGAAUUGCUCCAGUUUCAUGUUCAUUUUGGCUGUGCAAAUGAUCGCGGAUCUGAGCACACCCUUGAUGGAAAAAGAUUUUCUGGUCAGGUAAGUAUAUAACAAAAACCACUUGAAACCUUUCUUUGUACACCUCUAGUGGCGGUAAAAUCUCAGUUUUCUUGUAGCUAUGCCCUGGACGAUCUGUGAGGGGCACAAAUCCGCUGGUCAAAACAAUCGCCCAGGACACGAUAGCCUACCUUUCCAACAUUAAGAGCUGAGCGAAGUCAUUAGCUCCACUUUUCUACUGCAAUUAUACUGAAAAUCAAUAACGAAGUUCGAAGACAGGCAUUUCCUUAGGAUUCAGUCUCUCAAUUGGGCGUUCCAUCUAGCUAAUUGUUAAAAAAUGAUGAUUAAAAGCGUAUUUUUCUCAUAAUUUCUUCCGGCUACCAUAAACUCCCAUAAAUUUUGGAUAGGUGUGCCGCCCAAGGUCUUAAACCCUUACCUUACUUAAGGAUACGACAAACAAACGUUUAUACGCUAUUGAAGGCUCAAACCCAAAAAUGGUAAUGAAUGGGUAGUGAAUGCAAGAGAAAACAAAACCAAAGAAUUUGAAAACAACACACGUAACCUAUAGAUAUUAAAUCGUUUUCAUAAUACUCAAAGGGAUCGUCCAGUUUUAACGGAGAAGAUUUCUUAUAUUUCUCGUGCUGGGCAGUUACGCACUUGAAUUUUAACUGACACAAUUUAGGUACACUACCUAAGGUUCACUCGAGGAACACAAUACCAAAGACGGCCAAAAAUGAUACCCUUUUUAAGAUUCGAGAAUCCCAAAAACCAUACCCUGUCGGGCGGCACAAACUUAUCUAGACGCGAUGCAAAAACCAGUUGUCUUGUGAUUUAGACCUCAGAAAGGCUUUAUCUUGCCUGGCGCCGAACUCGUGCUUUUGCUUCCACUUCUGAUUGGCCAGUUAGCAUGUCUACAUCUGCAAUGUGAUCGGCCAGAUGAGCUACGGUAGUUUUUGUUUGCAAGAUAUUAUCUUCGCAAUGGGUGACAUGCUGGGAUGCGAAAGUAUGAGUGGAGCACGACCUUCCAGAGGUCAGUUCAAUAUAGUUUGAAUGGAAUUCCUCGUAGUCUCUACACACACGUGAUAUACGCGUGCCCUUACUGGAGUAAAAUCAUCGUAAACUACGAUAACGGUGAGCUUUUGCUCUUUUCCCCAGCUUCAUAUGGUAUUUGAUGGUCCUGGAGAAGAGCUUGCAGUCGUAGCUCUUUGGAUUAAGGUACAACCCACUUCUCUGGCUACCUUUCCUUAAUUCCUAGUAAUAACAAGUAAGUGUGAACAAAUCUAACGCAGUUUCGCCUUCAUUUAGUCGAAUAACUCAGCGUCAAAAGAAAAAUUGAUUCAAGAAACCAAAUUUUUUUAGAAGAAAAUGUGGUUUAUAUGACACUACAGAAAAAAUGAAGCCCAAUACUUCAUGGUUAAAAAUUAAAAUUGCGGUUUUUCAAUUUAUGCAAAAAUACCUUUAUUGUGUCCUUAUAAAUAAAAAAAAAUGUAGUGGGUACAGAAACUUUCUAGCUCCAGGUCUUUUCACCGAAUAUGCCUUCCGCUAAAAAUUGAUCUCAGGAAAAAGGGAUAGUUAAUUGUUUAAAAAGACAAUAAUUGGCACUAACGAAAAAUAUUUUAGCAUCCUUGGAUGCAUCUAGGAAAAGUGUAGAAGUAGAAGGGCGAUAAACAAAAUGUUGCAAAUCACAGGAAGUUCGAUCUAUUGAAUUAUUUACAGGCACCCUCCAAAGGAAACAAAAUUUUUGGAAAGUUAGCAAACCUGAUGAAAUACAUCCUCGACGUUGGUAGGUAUAUUAGAAUACUUAUAAAAAAUUCAAACACGAAGAACAUGUGAGCAAAUCCUCAUGAGUCCCCUUCUCGCGUUUAUUCUCCGUUUAUUCACGGUGGGGCCAAACCACCCUAAAAUGGCUUAUCAAAACGUGACAAUUUCGAAUAAUUUAAAAUAACUUUGCUUGCUUUCACUCUUUCCCAACCAAACUUGGCCUGAAAAUACGAAACAUCAGGCAAAUCAAAAUUGCUCAUAGGAUGACACCAAAUGUAAAAUUAUUACGUCAUAUUUGCUGACGUCAUUCAUACGUAAAUUUUAAACUUUUGAAUCUCCCAAAUUUUUAUAUCGUUUUUGAAAGAACUAUUCAAGGGAAGUUGAAAGCUGAAAAUUUUUUCAGCAUGUCAAAUAUGAGCUGAGAUAUGACAUUUUGAAUUUGGAUAAAUUCGGGGCACAAAAACGGGGUACCCCCCUUUUAAAAUAAGUCUUAAUUUCAGAGUUUUAUUGUCGUGUCACCCUUGCUGUUUAAGUUACCCAUAUCACAUCUUUACUGUCGAAAGCUAAAGGAAAAAGAAAAAUUUGAAAAAAGAAAUUCCUAACUUCGCAAAAACCCGGAAAACAGUUUUGUGACGUCAUAAAAUGUCACGUGAUCAACUUUUUGGUUUGCGUAAAUUAGUGUUUUGGAGUCAAAAAACAAAAAUCUAAAAUGGUACGAUUUUGGCCAACUAUAAAAGGUAUGUGUCACCGGAAAUCAGCUUAUUUUGCCAAAAACUGUGAGAAAAUAUCAGAGGGAUCAUAAAAGCAUGGUUCCGGGGGGUGAAAUCAAAUUUCUUUGAAGUCUUAUAACUCGGGUACGUGUACGUGUCGUAGCCAGAAACGGUUUUCACUGUUUUACUCCUCUUCUAAAGCCCUUUCAAAUGAUAUAAGUUUGACUUUGAAAUUAUAAACUGCAUUUAACCCAUUUUGGUGACGUCAGCCUUUGUGACGUCACAAUUUAACAUUUUGCGUCAAAGAAAAACUGAAUAUCAUUUGGUCAGCAAUCGUAGUCUAUCUGGAAAGUUUGGUCGAGAAAUAAAAAGAAAUGUAAAAAAUAAGUAAAUUUAGCCUUAAUAAGCCCUUUGGGGGAUGGUUUGGCCCCGCCGUGAUUGGCAAUCAGCAACGCCCGCGCGCCCCCUUCUUCCUACACUUGCAAAGUUUAUCAGCAAUCAUUUCAUCCUUUAAGCUUCAAUAUCCACGUAAAAAUUCUCCAGACCGAUCUUCAUGCAUUUCUUUAAAGAAUAGGUCGAGAGAUUUGAUAAAAGAUCAACGCACUCUCUGUUUAGCAAUCAUUUUCACUGAACCCCAAGAAUUCGAUUUACACCAAAUUUACUCCGUGCAAAUAGGGUGCAAAAAAGUGCAAACUACAGUCAAAUCAAGGGCAAAAAUGGUAAAUACGGCAUUUGCCCUUGAAUUUACAAGCUAUGUAAACUGGGGUGCAAAUGCGGUAUUUACCAGAUCUUUGCCUUUGACUUACUCCUAGUUUGCACUUUUUUGCGCUUUAUUUUUAUUUGUCGCGAGGAAAUACAUGGAUGUGUAAAUCGAAUUUUUCGUUCAGUGAUUCUCAUGAUCUUUCUUGUUGUUUGUGCGUUGAUAUUACUAGUAGAAAGAUGAUGUUGGUUAAUCUUGGGAUUUAAAGGGUUUAAUGCUGAUGUCACAGCUCAGUAACGGAGAAUGUCGUUGCCUCCGUUACUUACACGAUAUAAUUUUAAUUUUAAGCACAAUUUUCAUUAUUGUUAUCUUACCACGUUAAAGAAUGGCCAAAAAAUGACAAUGAAAAUAGUUUUUAAGUACAGAAAGUGAAAUAACAAAUGAAAAUUAUUGAGCUACUUUUUGGGUUACUUUGAAGAGCUCAAAUUUGCCAAAAGAACUUUUAAGCAAAACUUGAGAACACGUCAGAUCUCUGCCUCGUUCCCAGGCGACUCAAGUGUUUACCAUGGGAACGUUAAGUGUUGGCUCAAAAGACCCCUGGGGAGGGUGGGCAUUUUCCUCUCCGCCUUUCCCAUGAUUCCUUGCGCGAAACCAAAAUCACUCCUGUUGAUGUCGGUCAUGUAUCCGCAAGAGCGCUCCUGGGUCAGAUCUUUCACUGGAUGAAAGAUGCUCGGCUCAGCUGUUUGAACGCUUAAGGAAACAAUUCAACGUCACCUUAUUUUACAGAUAAUACUCAUACUGUGGACAAGAAGGAUGGAAUUUAUCUUAUGGAUCUGAUUCCCCAACAUUGUCCAAACGGUAAUGGCAAUGGUAAUGGCAAUGGUGGUAAUGGUAAUGGUAAUGGUAAUGGUAAUGGCAAUGGCAAUGGUAAUGGCAAUGGUAACGGCAAUGGUAAUGGUAAUGGUAAUGGAAAUGGUAAUGGUAAUGGCAAUGGAAAUGGUGGUAACGGUAAUGGUAAUGGCAAUGGUGGUAAUGGCAAUGGCAAUAAUAAUAACAAAAAGGACUCCAAAAGUUUGACUUUAGAAUGUUACUACAGUUACGAGGGUUCCCUCACUACGCCUCCUUGCCUUGAAACAGUACACUGGAUAGUUGUGAAAGAUUAUCUCCUGGCCUCUACCAGGCAGGUAUGUAAUGCUCAUGCACUAACUUAAAUAACUGACAUGGUCUAAAGAGAGCUUUUAGUUUACAAUUAAGAGUGGACACUCUACAGGUAAACUAAGAUACGAGACUACAUCUGGUUAAGACCGUCGAUGUCAGAAUAGCAUGACCGGUCUUCGUUUUAUUAAAUGGGAAGAGAUCUGCCGGACUUACGUUGGAAACGGGAUGGGGUUGCAAUUGUGUCGUCGUAGCGCGUUUUACCGGUAUCAGAAGGAGGUUGGGACGAGAGAGCCAUUCGCGAUCGGAUGUGGUCAUUUCGAGAGUCAGGACAUCGUUAAGGGCAGAGUUCAAUGAGGUACCCUGCGCCACAGACGAAACUAAACUCUGUUUAAGUCUGUCUGCGAAACAGCGCGGAAAUCCUUGUUCUGGGCCCCCACCUGUGUACCAGGAUUUGAGUACGUGCCAUGAUUGGCCUCUUGAAAAAGCCAUUGUCAGUUUUCCGAUCAGCAUGAAAGGAAAUUCGAAACGUAUUUCCAGUAAUUCGUUGAGUCCGUUGGGGCCCCAGAACAAGGAAAUCGGCCCUUCUUUGCAGACGUUACUAACCGAGGUUAAAUUAGGUCUCCUAAGCAGGCUGCCACAGGGGCAAUUCCCAGACGAUGACCCGGACUGUCCACGGUCCCCUAUUUUUCGGUGAGAUCGUUGAGAUCGAGCACUUUGCUUUAUAGGCAGUCAUCUUGGUUUCUAAUAUUUGGCGUCUAGCCUGGGAAUGAGUAUCAAAUCUAUAUAAACCCCGACGCCCGCAGUGAAAUCAAGAUGGCUUGUAGUUGCGGUACUUGCUGACCAUGCUAUAAAUCUGACGAUCUUACGAAAAAAUAGGGGACUUUGAACAGUCCACUGUAAUCUCAAUGGCGUAAACAGGAAGGGCUGAGUUUUACCCCAGCUGGAUGGUAGUUGAUUAAGUCUGACUUAGACAGCAUUUAAAAGGGAGAGUACGCGAUAGGAUUGGGCUAUCGCAUUUAAUAACCGCACUUCCUGGUAGAGGACCCAUGUGCCGGUUCGUAGGCUAGGCAGUGGCUAGGAUUCUCUUAAAAUUUCAAGAAGGUGUUGCAGUGAAUCAAUCUUAAUGAAAGUUUCAGAUAUUGUUAUAUACAUCAUGAAGAUUAUGUAAUGAGGUUUAAAAGGUGAUUGAAAAACAUUGGUAUGGUCUCUCAAAAACUCUAUCGCAAUACCUUAAAUCAGAUGAUGGGUUGUAAGUUUCCUUACUUGACAUAUUUUUUGUGUGUUUCAGCUUAACAAGUUCAGGAAACUUAAGGGUGAACAUGGCAGAAAUCCUCCUCUGAUGUGCGACAACUACAGACCAGUCCAACCACUAAAUGACCGCACUGUUUACUCCGUCAUAAAUAACGAUUAG